GUGGAGGGAGGGUCUGGUAACACACUGACCAAUCGUUAGCCUCCGUGGCAAGGGGGCGGGGACUAUCUGGGUUUGAAUAAUCGUCAGAACCAAUCAGAUUAGUGGGGAUGUGGCCCGUGGCCUAGCUCGUCAAGUUGCCGUGGCGCGGAGAACUCUGCAAAACAAGAGGCUGAGGAUUGCGUUAGAGAUAAACCAGUUCACGCCGGAGCCCCGUGAGAGGAGCGUCUCGGUUGGGUCCGGCCGCUCUGCGGGACUCUGAGGAAAAGCUCGCAUCAGGUGGACGCCGAUCUGUCACCAUGGGUAAAGGAGACCCCAACAAGCCGCGGGGCAAAAUGUCCUCGUACGCCUUCUUCGUGCAGACGUGCCGGGAAGAGCACAAGAAGAAACACCCGGACUCUUCCGUCAAUUUCGCGGAAUUCUCCAAGAAGUGUUCGGAGAGAUGGAAGACCAUGUCUGCAAAGGAGAAGUCGAAGUUUGAAGAUAUGGCAAAAAGUGACAAAGCUCGCUAUGAUAGGGAGAUGAAAAAUUACGUUCCUCCCAAAGGUGAUAAGAAAGGGAAGAAAAAGGAUCCCAAUGCUCCUAAAAGGCCACCAUCAGCCUUCUUCCUGUUUUGCUCUGAACAUCGCCCAAAGAUCAAAAGUGAACACCCGGGCCUAUCCAUUGGGGAUACUGCAAAGAAAUUGGGUGAAAUGUGGUCUGAGCAGUCAGCCAAAGAUAAACAACCAUAUGAACAGAAAGCAGCUAAGCUAAAGGAGAAAUAUGAAAAGGAUAUUGCUGCAUAUCGUGCCAAGGGCAAAAGUGAAGCAGGAAAGAAGGGCCCUGGCAGGCCAACAGGCUCAAAGAAGAAGAACGAACCAGAAGAUGAGGAGGAGGAGGAAGAAGAAGAUGAAGAUGAGGAGGAAGAGGAUGAAGAUGAAGAAUAAAUGGCUAUCCUUUAAUGAUGCGUGUGGAAUGUGCGUGUGUGCUCAGGCAAUUGUUUUGCUAAGAAUGUGAAUUCAAGUGCAGCUCAAUACUAGCUUCAGUAUAAAAACUGUACAGAUUUUUGUAUAGCUGAUAAGAUUCUCUGUAGAGAAAAUACUUUUAAAAAAUGCAGGUUGUAGCUUUUUGACGGGCUACUACAUACAGUUAGAUUUUACAGCUUUUGAUGUUGAAUGUUCCUAAAUAUUUAAUGGUUUUUUUAAUUUCUUGUGUAUGGUAGCACAGCAAACUUGUAGGAAUUAGUAUCAAUAGUAAAUUUUGGGUUUUUUAGGAUGUUGCAUUUUGUUUUUUUAAAAAAAAUUUUGUAAUAAAAUUAUGUAUAUUAUUUC